UAUGUCUAUGAUUUAAAAAUUAAAAGCAUAACCCUUCUAUUAUGCUGUAAUAUUCUGCAAAGUUUUAUGUAAUGUUUAAUUUGUUUGUAAAGCAACUUUUUCGAACUAAAUCAAGAUUUUUUAAUUCAGUACAAAAUGCUUCAAUCGCCAGAAAGUCUUUACACACAUCGACAUCCGUUAAUAUCUUUUUCGAGCCGGACGAAAAAGCUGGUUAUAAUAAAAACAGGAAAUUACCCUCUAGAAUUGAGUUAAUUAGGGAAGGAUUUAAGGAAUUAAAAACUGAAAUUGCCCUUUGGACAAGCGAAGUGAAAGAAAGACUUGAAAUUGAUCCAGUACUUGAAUUUAGACCAGGCGAAACAGACGUUGCGUGGAGAUUUAAAGAUGAAGAAUCUCUUAAAAACUGGAUUAUUACAUCUGAUAGUGAUAAUAAUGAAGGUUUCAGUAAUAGCUCCUUAACAAUAAAUAAGUACGGUAAAGGUGUGUUUUCUGGAGAACUUUCUACAAGAGUUCCUAAAGAUGGUAAAAUAAAACGUGCAGGAUACUGUAAUAUGACAACCUUAAGGGCCAGAAAAUCAUUUAAAAGGGAGUCUUAUUAUAAUUGGAGCAAUUACAAUACAUUAGUAAUGAAAGUUAAAGGUGAUGGACGAUCUUAUUUCUUAAAUAUACAUACAAAAGGUUAUUACGAUAUAAUGUGGUUUGAUAUGUUCCAUUAUGUUUUAUUUACAAGAGGGGGUCCAUAUUGGCAGGUAACUAAGAUACCAUUUUCCAAAUUUUUUCUUUCAUCUAAAGGUAGAAUCCAAGAUAAACAAUUUCCUGUGCCUCUAGAUCGUAUUACAAGUUUCGGAAUAACCGCAAGUGAUAAAAUAGAUGGUGAAUUUAAAUUAGAAAUUGAUUAUAUUGGCUUAGAAUAUGAUCCAAGUCAUAUAGAAAACUUUGCUUAUGAAAUGUAUGAACAAGAUCAAAAAUACAUUGUGGCAACGUAGCAGUUACUAGUGAAUUUGUUAUUUAUUGACCAAUAAAUUUGUUUAAAAAAACU